GGUAAAUCAGCUGAUGUCAGCCAUAUUGAAUUUCCCCCACCCAACUUGGACUACCUUAUCUGCGAAGUUGAUAUGCGCAGAAAACUGUUUUUUAUCUGUCACGAGAUGUUACCAAAACAUGGCGUCUGUUGUAAAAGACGUUGGUGAAAUUUGGACACGGCUUUUUGAUCAUCGAUCGUUCAUUCAAGGAGAAGUUUCAUUUUUCUUAAGAGAAUAUCAGGACAAAAGAAAUGACAGAGAAGUGGAACGUCUCUUUGAAAUUAUAGAGCAUUCAACCGAUAUUGAUCAAAGCCAGUUGGAUAGAACAAUAGAACUUGGCAAUUCUCAGUUACCCAAUUUAAAAGUAAAUGUCGAUAAAGCACUUGGUAUGUGUGAACGAGUUCUUCAGAAAGAAGGGAAAAUAAAUAAUGAAAGUGAAUUAACCGAAAACAGAGAACUCCGAAAAUUGAAAUGGCAAGAGUUUAUCAAUGAAAUGAAGGAUAAAUGUCAAAAAGUGGACGAAGAAUUUAUCGAGAAAGAAAACGAAUUAAAGGAAUACUAUUUGGAUCUAGAAAGGAAGUUACAUCUUUCGCCAUAAUUAUCUCCUCUGCCAUAUCUACUUUCAUAGCAGGUGAAGAAAAAGAAUGAGGUGCCUGAAAAUAUAAUUGCAUUGAAAAGUUACGGCAAACGACAAGAAACAUUCCUCACUUUAAAGGACGUAAAGUGGCU